UAUAGCUGAGGGAAACGUGAAUGAAGCCCAAUGGCCUUCCUGCCAUUGGCUUGGAGGCACUCCUGAGGAGCCUUUCCCACGUUACGUACAGCCGAGCCAUGGGGACGCUCCUCUCACGCAACUCCUGCACAAGUCUGCAAGACGCAAAGAAUGCCUGCGCGUAAAGGCAGCCGAGGAACCUCAAGUUAUGCGCUUUACUGUGGAUACGUUCCCAAAUCGACGUAGGACAUUAUAACAUUAGUCGUGUAUUUGUGUCUAUUUUCUCGUAAUGAUUAUAUAUAUUUUUGUUAAGUCGGUUGAAUCGUGAAGUAGACUUUGUGCGAGAUGAGGUCAACUUUUCCCCACCGUAGUGUGAAGUCUUAGCUUGGAAGAGAGUGGUGGUGAAGGAGGGGAGACUGCCUGAGCUGCAGAGUCGUGCAGGCGCGCUCUUUCCUUGGUUUGGGGAUUGUGCGCACUGAGAGACUGAGCGUAACCGGUGGACCACUUGUGUGAGGAGGACACUUGUCCGACAUGCACGCUGCUGCCGGGUGCCAUGUGCAGACGCACCAUGUUGGGCAGUUCGGAGUAUUCAACCCGCAAGUGAUCUGACGCCUGAUAUGGAGGACCGCUCCGUUCAAAAUGAAUCAGAGCUUCGACAAUGUCACACGCGUGUGGGAUCAUGGUUCUUCCAAAAUCGACUCCGGAGCAAUCACGUCUUCUCUGGCUUCGGUCAACUUUACCAGCAACUCCACGGGCAACCAGACGGAGCCCAGCGAGGUGGACCUCACCAGAGCCAUCCCGCUUGCCCUGGUGCUGGGCGCUUUCAUCGUGUUCGCCAUCGUGGGCAACAUUCUGGUCAUCCUGGCGGUGGUGUGCAACAGGCACCUGCGCACCCCAACCAACUACUUCAUCAUCAACCUGGCGAUCGCCGACCUGCUCCUCGGCACCAUGGUGCUGCCCGUGUCGGCCACGCUGGAGAUCCUGGACUACUGGGUGUUCGGCCGGAUCUUCUGUGACAUCUGGGCUGCGCUCGACGUGCUGUGCUGCACCGCGUCCAUCAUGAGCCUGUGCGUAAUCUCCAUCGACCGCUUCAUCGGAGUGAGCCACCCGCUUCAGUACCCGGGCAUAGUGACCGAGAAGCGGGCUCUGCUGGCCAUGCUCGGCGUGUGGGUGCUGUCCAUCGUCAUCUCCAUCGGUCCCCUGCUCGGGUGGAAGCAGCCCCCGUCGCCGGACGAUACGGUGUGCCCAAUCACGGAGGAGCCGUUUUACGCACUCUUCUCCUCGCUGGGCUCCUUCUACAUUCCGCUGGUGGUGAUCCUGGCCAUGUACUGCCGGGUGUACAUCGUCGCCAAGCGGACCACAAAGAACCUGGAGGCGGGCGUUUUGCGGGAGAGGAUGAACUCGGGAGAGUUGACGCUCCGGAUCCACAAGGGCUCUCAGGUGCAGGAGGACCAGAGCUGCUCCGGGGCCGGGAAGGGCCGCGCGAAUCAGGCGCGAAGUUCCCUGACUCUGAAACUUCUUAAAUUCUCCCGGGAGAAGAAAGCCGCCAAGACCUUGGGGAUUGUGGUGGGCAUGUUUACGCUCUGCUGGCUUCCCUUCUUCCUGGCGCUGCCCAUAGGGUCCUUCAACACAGACCUGCGCCCCCCAGAGGCCCUCUUCAAGGUCAUCUUCUGGCUGGGCUACUUCAACAGCUGCCUCAACCCCAUCAUCUACCCCUGCUACAGCCGCGAGUUCAAGAUGGCCUUCAUCCGCAUCCUGCGCUGCCAGUGCCACCGCCGCAAGCAGCCCGGCUGGCGCGCCUACAACUACCGCUCCUCCAACUUCAGCUCCUCCGCCAACUCCCGCAAGGGCUCCGCGGAGCCCACCUCGGGGGGGCUGAACGGCAGCCAGCGCACCCUGCCGUCCUCCGCCAGCCCCAGCCCCAGCUACAUGACCACGCCGCUGCCGCCCUGCCCCCGGCGGGAGGGCCACUACGUCUGGGGCGGAGGAGGAGGUGCAGGAGGAGGAGGAGGUGGAGGAGCGAGCCCGGCCACGCACGGUAACCUGCCCGGGAGCCCAACCGCCGCAUGCCAGGGCCGCUCGUUCCGGGCGGGGGCGGGAGACGGGGGCCAGGCCACGGAGACCUCCUGCGGGGUGUUCUCCUUCUCCUUCGGCCCCGACGGAGGCGAGAGGACCCGGGAGGACUCGGGCUGA